AUGGCCGACUACAACUAUGGAGGAACGAAGGAGGAAAACGCGGAUAUCGGACGGCUUAACGCAGAAGCGGAGGCCGACACGGACAGUUUCGAAAACUGGGAAAAGCUGAUUCGUGCCUGCGAGGCACUGGAUGGGGGCCUGAAUCGAAACUCGAGCCCGCAAGCCUUGGCAACCAUGCGCGACUCAUACGACCGGUUUCUUCUGAAAUUUCCACUCCUAUUUGGUUAUUGGAAGAAGUAUGCCGACUUCGAGUUCAAUAUAUCUGGACCGGAGGAAGCUGAGAUGGUCUACGAGCGCGGCUGUGCCAGCAUCACGAACUCGGUGGACUUGUGGACAGAGUUUUGUUCCUUCAAGAUGGAAACCACACAUGUUCCUCAGGCCGUGAGAGAGUUGUUCGAACGAGCUGCAAACCAUGUCGGACUUGACUUCCUGGCCCAUCCCUUUUGGGACAGGUACAUCGAGUACGAGGAUCGUCUCGAGGCCACCGACAAUAUCUUUACUAUUCUCAAACGGAUCAUCAAAAUUCCCAUGCACCAGUACGCUCGGUAUUUCGAACGCUUCCGGCAGCUGGCCCAAUCGCGCCCUGUCACGGAGCUCGUUUCUGCCGAGGCACUAUCCCGCAUUCGAGCUGAACUCGACGCCGAGGCGGCACAGUAUGGGGCUGCCAAGUCUGAAGCUGAGCUUGAGUCUGAAAUCCGCGCCAAGAUCGAUGCCAUCUACUACGAGGACUUUACCACGACGCAGGCAGAGACGAACAAGCGGUGGACGUUCGAAGCCGAGAUCAAGCGGCCCGGCUUCCGUGACGCCAAGCAGGAGCACCCGCAGCUGGCCAACUGGCGCAAGUACUUGGAUUUUGAGGAAGCAGAGGGCGACUAUGCGCGUACCGUGUUUCUGUACGAGCGCUGCCUGGUGACUUGUGCUUUCUACGAGGAGUUCUGGUUUCGCUACACACGGUGGAUGGAAGCCCAGCCCGGAAAAGACGAGGACACGCAAAUGGUCUAUCUGCGGGCGUCAACGUUUUUUGUGCCGGUCAGUCGGCCAGGCAUCCGGCUGCAGUUCGCUUACUUUGAAGAGAGCUGUGGCCGCAUCGAUGUAGCACGAGACGUGCAUGCCGCCAUACUUGCGAGACUGCCGAGCAGUGUCGAGGUGAUCCUGUCAUGGGCCAACCUGGAGCGGCGCCAAGGCGGCCUGGACGCAGCAAUCGACGUUCUUAAGCAGCAUAUUGAUCUCCCUGAAGUGGACCUGUACACCAAGGCAGCGCUUGUUACGGAGUGGGCAUACCUCUUAUGGAAGGUGAAGGGCUCAGCGGACGAUGCACGCACGGUGUUUGAAAAGAACGUGCAGUGGUAUGCCGACAGUCGGCAGUUCUGGUGGAAGUGGAUCGAUUUUGAGCUUGCACAGCCGGGCAGCAAUGAUGCGCAAGCACAGCAUGCUGAGCGGGUCGCGGCCGUCUUCAAAGAGAUGCGGUCACAUAGUCGUCUGUCUCAAACGACGAAGAGAGAGCUAUGUCAGGUCUACCUGACGUAUCUGCAGCAGAGGGGCGGCAAAGACGCCAUGAAGCUGUUCCUAUCCAUUGAUAGAGAAAUGUUUGGUCCUGCCUCUAUCUCGUUCUUUACUAAACACAAGGAUGCGGCAAAGGAGGGCGAUGUGCCAGUCGUCGACCUAGACGAGGCGACGCUCCAGAAAGCCGAGGCCAGAUACCUCAACUACUACGAGCUGUUUGGCGAGCCCAACUCUGCGGCUCAAGGGCCUGCAUCUUUCAACUGA